AUGGUCUCAUGGAGGAACAAGACCCUGCAGUUUCUGUGUGGAAAUUUGUCCUCUACAUUUGACCCAUCCUUCAAUGCCACAUGGAAUCUAAAAGAGGAUUCAAGCUGUGGAAUGGAGUUUUUUGGACAUGUGUCCUUUUUCGACUUUAUGUGCUUGGUCGCCACAGCAUUUAACAAAACCAUUGGUGUUUGUUCACAUGAGGUUGUUAUCAAGUUAUAUUCGAAAUUUGGUAUGAUUACUGCAACAACAAUACCAACAACAUUACCAACAACCACAUCAACAACAACCUUACCGACAACAGAACAACCGCAAACAACAGCAAAACUAAAAACGACAACAAUCAAAUCAACAGCUACCAGGACCUGUCCUCCCACUGUGACAGCAUCGUCCACCAGCCCCACCACAACAACCACAAGGUCUCUAUCAUCUGAAGGAAAUGUCCAUAGACGUAGUAUGGUCAAUGAUCCAACAGACAAAGUGGUCACAGACACUGUUGUGUAUACCAUAUUGGGGCUGUCUUUUAUUCUGAAUUUGCUGUUGGCAUUUUCUGUUGCUAUACUUUGUCAGAGAAGAUACAGCCAUGGCGCAUCGAUGAAUCCUUGGCCAGUCCCAAUCAGUGAAGAGGACGUCACCACAAAACAGGUCCAGAACAGUAUAUCACAGACUCAAGGAAAAUGUUCUGCUGAAGAGUGGACAAGUAGUCAAAGUCACCUGCAUGUUUCUGAAACUAUGAACUGCAGUGGAUCAGAGUCAAGAGUAAAGGUGUUGAACUCUAAUAGAAAUUCAGCCUGUACCAGGCCAGGAGCGCAGUGUAUGUCUGAAGAGGAUGACUGGUAAGCCUGUUAAGUGAGCAGCUUUUUCUUUUAAAGAUGGUCAGUGUUCUACAAAAAUAUGUUAAUAAUCUGUGAAAUGUGAUCGUUCAUGAAAGUGCACAAGAUUUUUUUUCUGAGACACAUCAUAUAGUUAACAUAGCGAAAUGAUUAAAUUUACAGCAGAACUGAAAAGUUGCACUAAAGCGAUGCUUCUCAUCUACUAUAAAUCAUUUAAGUGAAAUAGAAACCCACAUUUAUCUCUUAAUAGUAAGAUAUUUUUAAUCAAUAAUCUGUAUUAGGUAACAUAAAUACGUUGUACCUUCUACUUCUUGCCUUGGUGUCUAUUUAUAACCUUAUUAAGCUUUUUAUUGACAACUUAUGAGUCAGAGUGUAAAGUUAUAAUGUACCAGAUACUACUUGUUUUAUGUAUGUGUCAAACUUACGGUAAAUGUCACAGCAUUACAGUUCAGACAGAAUGCUCUGGAGGCUGCUAGUCCGAUAAAUGUGCUGAAAGUUGAUUUGACUAUAACCUAUUUGACGUGUGUGUCAUUCUUCAAUUUUAUUUUGGUUGCCUAUGGUAUAUUUUUUCAUAAUGUAGGGCAUAUGAAUCUUUCAUUAAAACUACAAUUUUCAUCAACCAAUUACAGAGGAAUCUAUGAUUCCAUCAAUUCCACUCACUUAAUAUUAUGGCUGUCUAUAAUGAAGUCUACAGAGGCUAUUCACAGAGUGUAUAGCCUUUAUAUACUGUGGAAGGUGGAAAAAAGUGAUUCAUGUGUGCUAACGGAGACAGUAUUUUUGACAUUUUUGUUUCCUGUGGGUACCUCAACAGGUAUUCACCAUAACCCCAACUUAAACGUUUCCAUUGCCUUUACUAUUGUAAACUACAGGCUCUUAGAAUAUCAUACCAUCACAUUAAUUUAAUUUCAAUUCAAUUCAAUUCAUUUAUUUUUGUAAUGCCCAAAAUCACAACAACAGUUGUCUCGAAGGGCGUUCAUGUUUUGGUUUAGCUCUAGGUUCUCAUUUGUUUUAGGAUAAUCAUUGUUUUCUUCUGUAUGCAUACUUGUACAAUAUGCUUUACAAAAUAAAGAGCAGAUUUUUUUCACCACAUGUUAAUAAUAAUAAUACAUUUUAUUUAUAGGGCGUCUUUCUGGGCACUCAAGGUCACCUUACAAUACAAUAUACUAUACAAUAUUAAAUUAGACGUUAAAUUAGAUAGCUCUUGAAAAUGUUCUCUCACAUCUUGAAAAGCUGUAAUGUCUCUCCCUGGGGAACUUAAUAUGUGUUUUGAGGAUUUUGCAACUUGGGUAGCUGAAUGUUUUUUUCUGCUGUUUUCUUAAAUGGCAGUCUAGUGCACUGACACCUGUAAGAUCUCUCCAAGAGUGAAAUUUAAUGUUUGAACGUACUUUCACAGUUGAAUGGAGAGCAUUCUGUAAAGGUGUAAAAGUGACAUGGUUUGUGACUUUAAGUGAUCUUAUAAAAUGUAAUGUCUAAAAAUAGGCUGAAUAAACAACCAUCUACUAUAUUUUCUUUCAGUGACAUUUUUCAUUAACUUUGGAGACUCCAGCGCUAAACCUCUAUAGGCAGGCUUUUCACAGUGAACAUUUUAAUGCCGCAAUAUUCACUGAUCAAACUAGAAAACUACUGCACAUUCACUGCACAGAUCUGACAGUUUGUUCUCUUCUGCUCUAAUUAACAACCUCAACGACCUCAGUUGUCCUAACAAGUCCUAGUAACAGGUAGAGUUGUAAAGAAAGGCAGGAGACUCUUGAUGUCUCUCCAUGGCCUAGCAUCAAAGUAUAUCUCUGAUAUGUUAUUGCCAUAUGAACCAUCUCAGUUUAAUGCAGCUAAAACCUGGAACAAUCUUUCUGAACAUGUGAGACAGGCCUCUACUUUGACUGCUUUGACAGUUUAAAUCCAGGCUUAAAAUGGUUCUGUUUAGCUGUGCAUACAACUGAAAGGUUUUU